AUGAAAAAUAAUAAUAAUUUAGAUGAUGAUGACAUCGAUCCAAGUUAAUUUAUAAAAAAUCUAGACACAGGUGAUACUUUUAGUGUUAAUAAUUUUGGAGAAUUAGAUAUCGAUUAUUUAUAAUAUACAACAAUAAAUAUAAAAAAAAAUCGAUGGAAGAAUUUUUGGAAUAAAAUUGAAGAAAUAAAUGAAAAACUUUAUGAUGCUUGUGAAUAGGGUGAAGAAGAGAUAGUUAAUGUUCUACUAAAAGAUUAGAAUGAUUUAAAAUAAUAAGUUCAACAAUAAAUCAAGUCUAGUUCAAAUAGUAUGAUUGGAGAUGAUUACUAAGAAUUUAUAGGAUUAAUAAAUAUAGAUUCUAAAGGAUUGGAUGAUUGGACAGCACUUCAUCAUGCAACUAAUAAUAGAAGAACAAACAUUGUUAAGCUUUUAUUAGAAUCAAAGGCAAAUCCUAAUUUAUGUACUUAGAUGGGAACAACUCCUUUACAUUUGGCUUGUCUUAGAGGAUCACUUGAAAUAGUUCAAUUAUUAAUUUAUUAUAAAGUAAAAGUAAAUAGUUAAGAUUCUGAUAACAAUACACCUUUACAUAUCAGUGCAGAAUAAAAUCAAGUUAAAAUUGUAGAAUAUUUAAUUGCUAAUGGAGCAGAUGGUAUUUAUUUAUAAAUUAAAGAUAUUUAGCAAAAUUAAAAAACUCUCGUUAAAAAACAGCAUUUGAUUUAACAAUGUCAAAUGAAAUACGAAAAAUACUUGAAAAGUUUGUUCCUGUUAUGGGAGAGUACUCAUAGAGAUCAUAAAUUGGAAGUUAUGUUGUCAAAAAUUCUAGAUCUGAUCAUAUUGAGAAAUUGUUAGGAAAAGUAAAUGAUUUAAAGAAAAUUGAAAUUUUAAAAUAGAAAUAAAUACAAUAAUCAAAUAAUUAAUAAAUACCAAUUGAACCAGCAAUAGUUACUCCAUUUUAAGAAAUUAAUGUCAAUGUAUUUAUUAUUUUCAAAAUUUUAGACAUGUUCUCCUGAUGGUUAUAUAUUUCACAAACUGUUAGGAAAAGGUAGUUUUGGAGAAGUGUAUUAUGCAACUAGAAAAUCUGAUGGAGAAGGAUUUGCUAUAAAGACACUUUGUAAAGAAAGAGUAUUUUCAAAGAAUUUAACUCGUUAUGCUCAAACUGAAAAGAAUGUCUUAAGUGUUAUGAAACACCCUUUUAUUGUAAGAUUGCAUGCAGCUUUUUAGAAUUCACAAAAAUUAUUUAUGGUAUUGGAUUUUUGUCCAGGAGGUGAUUUAGGAUAAUUAUUAACAAAGCAUGUUAAAUUUAGUGAAGAAAUUUCAAAAUUUUAUAUUUGUGAAAUUAUUUUAGCUUUGGAAUCACUUCAUAAGAAUUGUAUAAUUUUUAGAGAUUUAAAACCUGAUAAUGUAGUCUUGGAUUAAACAGGUCAUGCUAGAUUAACAGAUUUUGGAUUAUCAAAAGAAGGAAUAUAUGAUAAUAUUACUAAAAGUUUUUGUGGAUCUAUUGCUUAUUUAUCACCUGAAGUACUAAUGAAAAAAGGACAUUCAAGAACUGUUGAUUGGUAUCUUGUUGGUGUUCUAUUAUAUGAAAUGAUUGUAGGUUUACCUCCAUAUUAUCAUUAAAAUAGAGAACAAUUAUUUGAAAAUAUAAAAAAGGGUGUUUUAAAAAUUCCUAAACAUAUGAGUGAGGAUGCAAGAGAUUUAAUAAAACGAUUGUUAAUUAGAGAUCCAGCAUAAAGAUUAGGUUCAAAGAAUGAUGCAGAAGAUUUAAAAUAACAUCCUUUUUUUAAAGAUAUUAAUUGGGAUAAAAUAUAAAAUAAAACAGAUAAUGGCCCAUUCAUAGAAAAAGAUAGAUCUAAAUAAUGGGAAAAAGAAGUUAUUGAUGUAAAAUUUAUAUUAUAUAUUAGAUGAAAUUCGGAGAAUAACCAUAAUCAAAUCCCAGAUUAGAUGAUUGGUCAUUCAUUUAAUGA